AUGAACAGUGACUCGGAUUGUCCACAUGAAAAGAGCGGUUCACCAGGUGAACGUAAUGACCAGAAUGAUAGUGGAAAUCAGCUGGAAGAGAACAUCGGUGCUGUGAAGUCCGAGCGUCAUACUGGAUCAUGCAAAUGGUUUAAUGUACUCAAAGGCUUCGGUUUCAUCAUUCUAGAUAAUACACUGGAAGACGUAUUUGUGCACCAGUCGGAGCUGAAAAUGGAAGGUUUUCGUAGUCUGGAGGAGGGAGAGCGUGUAUCGUUCUUCGUGCGCACUCGAAACAGUGGACAGCGAGUGGGCGCACUGGAGGCAUGGCAGGUCGGGCCAGAAGAUGAAAGUAAAUCUCUGAUUGGUAGCAGUAUUCGUCCACUGGGAGCGAAGAAGGAUCGCAUGAUUAGGUUUGUGCCACUACUUUUUAUAAUUUCGCAUGCAUGCGUCGUUUUCUUGUUCAGCAAUCGCGAGGUUUUUAAACAGCAUACAUUUACUUCCAUAGUGAAACACAAUACAAUACAACGCUAG